UUUAAAGGUUACCCCUGCCUAUCUGCACGUAGCUGAGUCUCGGACAGCAGCAACCAUGGCUAUGCGUUUGGCGCUGACGAGGAGCCGCGAGCUGCUGGCCCCGGGAGUUCGCUACCUUCGGACUUCGGUAGCAAACGCGUCGGCUGAGGGCAACUCCGUUGCUGCCAUGGUGAAGGCCGUGAACGAGACUAGCGGGUCCAGCCUCCUAGCCAGCCUUAAGGACGCGAAGGCGAAGCUGCAGCCAUACUACCCCGAGCCCGCAACAUCUUCCACCUGGUCGCUGCAGGCGCGCCUCGCGCUGCUGGGCGCACUGUCCUGGACGCUCUACCGUCUGGAUACUCAGUCUCGCGCGCAUGAGUGGAUCGUGGAUCUGUCGCUGGAUGUCCUCCAGGCGGCCUGGUAUGUGUCUUUCCUGAGCCUCAUCCCCUUCCGCUCUGUCUUCGUGGCGCUGCGGGGUUUGGCACCGCACACCUCCACCCCCCUGACUGGCCUGCGCACGGCUGUCACCAUUAAGCCAUAAGAAGGGCGGGUACGUCUGGCCCCACGUCACCGCGUCCACGACACCGAAGGAAUUGAUGAGAGAUGCCGGCUGCCACCUCUGCUGGACUUCGCGGCAGGCCUCCGAUUUAUAGCGGGCCGCACGAGCCUGGUCAUGGCGUAUUCUUUGAUCAUGUUAGCUAGGAGCGGGAGCAGUCUGCAGUCUGCGAUAUGGCUUUGUCGCCGCUUUAUAAGACAGCAAUUUAUGGCAGCUUCGGCAUCUGUUUUCAAGGUCCUAGGACGCCACAAGCCGAUGUGUCACAGAUUCUGCUUCUGAGGGAGAGCGAGAACAAUUUAAACCCUCCUUCGAGCACUUCGAAUCGGCUGGCCGCGUGCACGAGGUUAUUGAACUGUCUUGGUGUUUCGGUCGCCUGCACGUGCUGCUCCGGGACGCCGACCUGUUGUUAGGUUGGCGAUACUGGCUAUGGAAUGUCGUAUGUCCCUUGCCCCUUCCGUCACCACUUUGUGGACGAGCACUUUGCAUGAAGUGUGUUUGGGUGUUGCGGGAUGAUGUUGCUUGUCGCCGCUCACCACCCCGUUCCACACCCUGGGUGGGUCGCUCCCAUCCUGGGUUGAGGUUUUACAUAUGCGGCUGCAGUGGCGUGGUUAAGCUGCACUUCUAUCCUAUGGUUGGAAUAGGGGUUUUGUGGCACCCUAGCUAGACGUGUUAUCCUUCCAUAUGCCAGUUGUAAACCGGAACUAUCUGCU